CUGUUAUUUACUUUGCCUUCAUUUAUCAUCAAAUUUUGGCUGUGGUACCUGAGUGAUGGUAUAGAAAAUCUAAGCUCACUCUCAUCCUUUCCAUUUUCUUUUGCUUUUCAUAUGUAAAUACAAUCGUUGACUGUCACCUUUUGAUUAUAUGAAGCUCACACAGUUUGCACACUUCUGGGCUGAUACAUCGUUGUUGGAGGAUUCGUUCACAACGCAGACUCAACGAAGAUACACACAUAUCGACAUAUCAUGUAUUGCGUUACUCAUUCCUUUUUUGGCUUUGCCUCUCCUCACGGCCCUGUAUUUCCCACCUUAUGGUCUAGUCCAACAACACAUUGGUGGUUCUAUGCAUGCUGUGUCUCGGGUACGGUACACUUAGAUAGACAGCCUCCUGCAACUGUCUAGAACACGUUUACUCUCCAAGCACCUUUCCACGACGUAUAUUGAAC